AUGAUCGCUCCUGCUGAUGGUUUUGAAAUAGUUGAGGAAUCGACCCUCAAACUAUCAAAUUUAAUCAACUACCUCCAAGAUUCACCUCUUACAAAUAUGUACAAAUUAGACCUAAAUAAUCCUACUACAGAAGAGCUCACAUCUAAGGAAAUAACUCAUAUUUGCCAGAGUCUUGAAAAAUUACUUUUGGAAGAUCUAACUUAUGAUCAAUUAACUGGGCUUUUUGUAGCUAGUAGCAUUACGUAUUUAUUGUCUAGAAGUUUCCAAGACUUUGAAAGUCGUACUGAGCUUCUACAUAAAACAUUUCGCUAUUCAAAUAGCUUGGAUCCACUCCAUUUACAUAUUGCAGCUAAAAGUUUGCACUCGAACAUUAACUCCAAGUCCAAUCUCUUGUUUCUUUGUAAAAAUAUUUGCUUCACGAGUGACACAGGAAAUGCGAUUUCAAUGUGUCUUGUUUGGGCCAUGUUCUUGGAAACCCUUGACAAAGAAAUCGAAAUGUAUUGCUUCCAUCCGUUGUCUUAUAUCCAAGAACUUGUUGCCGAUGCUGAUAUCAAUCAGAUGUUAAAUAGAAAGGAAACAUCUGCCAAAGCUUAUUUUCUUUUCCAAUUGAUGUCGAUUCUAGUUAGUAGUAUAAUUUCUAGAUCGAAUGAAGAACUUAAAAAAGCAGGAUAUGCUGAAUAUUUUAAAUACGACUUGAGUGAUAUUCAUUCACUUAGAGAUUGGGCUCAGAAAAUCAAUCAAAAUAUUAUUUUGUCUUUUAAUGCAACGAAUACAAAUUAUGAUCUUAUUAUGAUGAUUAAAGAAACUAUUACGUAUAACAUUGUUGCACUGCUCGAUGAUAAGUUAAAAACAAUUGAUGGGGGUCAUUGAACCAAUUCAUUCCACAAAAUUAAUAUACAUACUAAGUAUUUCCAUUAUUAUGUUUUUGUGUUAAUUCAAUUAAAUUUGUCUUGUUGAAACUACUGUUAUAAACUAAUUUUUAUAAUCUUCGCACUUUCUUGUAUUGUAAUUAAGCCGAAAAGUAGAUGAAAAGUACAAACCGCCAUUCGAGUCAAAUUUUAAAAACACUUACAAAUUGGUUGUCUUAAUGGGUCCUUAAGCUCUAAUCUUUUCAGUACAUUUUCAUGAGAUCUAUCUCAUUUUUCUAAGAUAGAUCCCAAGAAAAAGUCUUUUUGCAUAUGAUCCAAUGUUGUGAUUAAAAAAAAUUACUUUAAGUAUUCAACUCUGCAGAAUCCUCUAUUUAGUUUAUUUUAGAAGGAAAUUGAAAAUAUACUCUUAACGAUUCA